AUGUUUUUCCGAGCAGUAGGACACACCCGACUGUGUGCCAACCGCUUUGGGUUAUCUUCGUUUACUCGACAUGUGAGCUUUUCCCAUGUGCGAAACAAAGAUCUCUUCAACUUUGAAUUGAAUGUAGAAGAGCACUUGCGAGAUGGAAAGAAAAAACAAACGGAGGAUAGAGACGAUGGAAGUAACGCUUCUAUCGCUACAAAGGAAGAAUCAUCAAAAGUCAGCCCACAGGAGACUUAUGUGAAGCCUAAGGAUGACAGCCUUCUUGACGACAUCUUUGCAGAUUUGGUGUUCGAAAACCAGGCUGGAUCAAACGAGCUAGAUAAGGUAUUUCAAGACAUCACAGACAAUUCAAAAUACGACCAUUCUUUACCAAUAAAUUUGGACAAGACAACUGAAGAUCACCUUUUUCCUCCACGAGAAAGUCACAAGAGUAAACUGGUGUCGAUGCUAGAAGAGCAGAAUCUCUUCCAGAAUAUCUUUGAGACCUAUGCACAAAAGGAGUCAGCUGAAGUCAGAGAUGACAAAUUGGAAAAUCAAGUGUUGCGGAAUUUGCAAGAAUCUUUUAAUGCAAGUGGAGCUUCUUCUGCAAAUAGCACUAAACGCACUUUUAAAUAUGACCAACUUGAUCAACCAGCGAUGAAGGAAAUACUUGAUUCUAUGGCAGCUGCCCUUACUCCUACCCUUGAGGUUUUAGAUGGAUUCACGAAAAAACUGGAGGUUAUCCAAUUUGCUACUCGCAUAUUUGAGAGAUAUCAUCUGUUAAACAACAAUAUUGAUACUUUCUACUUACACAAAAAGAAAUCGGAGACAGCGGCCGAAUUCAAAGAAAGAUGCAAUGCAUCAUGCAAAGAAGUUGAGAAGUACUGUGCAAGCAAGCCGGACGAACCUGUGCUUAACGUUUACACAAUGCCUCUCAUUUUCAAUCGUGUUCUUCGGGUACUCAACACAAAACUUUACGAUGGGCAAUUGGCGCUCACCCUUUUCCAUGCGAUCAAAAAGGACAUCAACUUGUACACAGUUGUGUGUAACCAGGAGACUUACAACGAGAUACUCAAGACUUAUUGGGUCUACAUGGGAAAGGCCAGCUUAUGCGAAGUGGAACUAGUGUUCCUAGAAAUGACAAACAACGGUUUUGCAGGAGAUUUGGCUACAUUCAGCAUUAUAAAAGAGAUUUUGGCGUCUUAUCACACAAUGAGAAUAGGGAAAUCGUUAUAUAAUCCUGGUGGAAUGCCCAUCUGGUCUCAGGAAGACGAGAGGAGAGCAAAAAAUUUGGGAGCAAAGCUUCGAAAAUUAGGAAACUCGUUGAGGAAACAACGAUUCGGCGCAUAA